AUGUUUUCUUCUACAGGCUACAAGCAUUCAAAAAGUGCACUUGCAUUAAUUUGCAUACUUGUGAACUUGCACUUGAGCUGCACUCAAGAUAUCUGUAAAUCAGAUGAUGACUAUAAAAAUAAAGAUGUCUAUGACAACACCAUGACAGCAGUUCCUGAAAAACUGAAAGAAGGAGCCAAUGAAAUAUACUUCGUUAACAGCCAGAUUCCUGUCAUAACCAAAGGAGCUUUCGCUAAAAACCCUCAAGUAACAAAAAUCGAAUUUAUCGGAACUUCAACGCAGUCUGUGGAGGUCGGAGCCUUUGAGGGUUUGCCUGAUAUCUCAACCAUUGAGAUAUCUGGCACCCAAAUGACAGCAUUACCUGUAGGUGUUUUUAAGGAUCUCAUCAACCUUGAAAAACUUGUUUUAAAAAGUAACAAACUCCAGAGCCUUGAAAAUGGAUUAUUUGAUGAUUUAAAAAAGCUUCAAGAACUGAGUCUACAUACAAAUGAGAUAAGCUCCAUUGAGGAGGGAACAUUUGAUAAUUUAGAGAAUCUAUUGUCUCUUCAUCUAGCAAGAAACAGAUUAAGUUCUGUAUCAAAGUCUCUUUUUGCAAAACUCAAGAAAUUGCGUUACUUCAGGCUGUAUGAAAACCAGCUGAAUGUUUUGCCUGAUGGGAUUUUUGAUAAUCUUCCUGAUCUGAUAGAAAUUAACGUGCAAGGCAACAAAAUCUCAACUAUACAACCAAAUUUGUUUCCACACAAAACUAAAUUAGUAAAACUGUAUUUGGAAAAUAAUCUUUUAACGGAACUACCCCAAGAUCUAUUUGUUGGCUUUUCUGCAUUAAAGACGCUAACUCUGCACAAUAAUCAACUCACCAGUCUUCCCGCCAUCCUUUUUGGAGAAAUGCUGCAAAUGACUGAAUUGAGCCUGAGCCACAAUAAUCUUACCUACUUACCAACUAGAGUUUUCAGCCCUCUCAAGAAGCUCAAGAAGUUAGACCUCUCCUCAAACCAAUUUUCAACUUUAUCUGGAGACUUUUUUGAAGGUCCUGAGAAACUGACUGAACUUAAUCUUCAGAAUAACAUGAUAGAAUCACUUAAAUCAGAGGACUUUGAAAAACUUCAGUCUCUUUCAACACUCAAACUGGCAAAAAAUAGACUGAGAAGCCUUCCUGGAGAUGUUUUUGUCUCUCUUCCAAAACUCAGUAAAUUGUACCUGAACAAUAACCCAUGGCACUGUGACUGUAACCUGUUGCCAUUUUUCGAAUGGAUGAAGAACAAUGAGGAAAAGAUUAAGUCAAAGCCUGCUGAAGUUUGUGAAUCACCCAAAGAUCUGCUAAAUCAACCCAUCUCCUCCUUGACAGAGCAACUGAUUACAUGCAACCAAACUUUUAUCUGCCACACACCUGCUGGCCAAAUAUGUGUUUGUCAGCACCCUUGAUUAACUUUCCUCAAAAUAAAAGUUUUAUAGGCACGAGGCUGGCAGUUUGUAGUCAUGUGAUAUUGAAAAUCUGAAAAAAGCUAAUGCCAGUUCUUGCUGGUGGUGGAUAAAACACUUCUAAAGUUGCCUGUAUUUUAUCAGCUUAACAAUACUUUUUAAUGUUUAACAAGAGCAAGGCUAUUUCAGUAGAGGUCCAAACAAUUGUAUAUUGACUGAAUACAACAGACCUUGAUAUAGAAGAGAAGAGAAGAGAAGAAGAAGAGAAGAGAAGAGAAGAGACAAACAUUGCUUCAUUAUAUACAUAUAGGUACACUCUGUUCUAAGCAAAUAUUAUGUGCUUUUAACCAGCAAAAGAUUAUUAUCCUCAUUUUUCAUCGUGAAACUCUUUGUAGAUGCUUCAUUGGAAAUGGUAAUUUUUUGUAAAAUAAUUCUCAAAUCAGCAAAAUUGUAAAUAUUUAAGACCAUUUCUGCCUAAAGCCGAAACUUAAGCGAUAUAUUUUUUCCCCUUUCUUAUGUCAAAGACUUGCUUGUUGCCACAAAUUGCUUAUCUCUUCAAAAACAGCAAACAAACUAUCCACACCCUUACUGCUGCUUUACACGCACUCUGUGAAGACUUAGGCAAAGUUAUAUUCGGAUAAGAGCAGUAUAAACUGCGUACAAAGUUGCAAACAGCAUUCUGAAUGUUAGUUCAGCUAAAGCAGAGAUGAGCAGGUAAGAAUGGUUUUCUAUCUGAUACUACACAUGCACAUCAAGAACAGGACGAGAUAUUUGGUUAAUGGCAUUGUGAAGGAGAGAAAAUAAUUAUGUAUAAAAAAACAAUAUUAAAAAAAAUAUAUAUAUAUAUAUAUAUAUAUAUAUAAACAACAACAACUUUGAGUUGUAUGUAAAGUUUUAUGUAUUUAUUUAUUUAUAUCCAUUGUUUAUCCAAAAUCCUAAAUUUACGGAAAUGUUGUGACUUGUGACAGUAAAAGUUACUGUGAUUAUUUUAUUUUAUUUUUAAUUAUUUUAAUUGUUUUGUCUCUUAAUAUUAUUAAUUCAUGAGGACAUCAUACAUCAUUAGAUGUGAUUUUAGGCUAUGAGUUCAUAUAUGGAGAAACAACUGGCCUGUUAUAGAUUUUAUUGCAGAUUUCUUGGUCCAUGGUGCAAACCAGAAUUUUUCUUUCAAAAUAUAAUAAACAAUAUUUCACUACA